AUUCCCAUCCCUCAAUCAGCAUUCCUAUAAAUCCAACAAAAAAGAAAUUAAAAAUUCUCUCUCUAUUUUUAUUUUAUUUUUUAUCUUUAAACUUUUUAAAAAAUGGCUAAUGAAGAAAAAGAGAAAAUCAAGGGUGGUGAAGUUAAGGUGCACUCAGUGUUAACUGUGGUGUCAAGCACCCCAGUAAACCCGGGAAAGACCUGUCCACUUUCGGCCAUAGACCGGGCAAUGGGGCAUCAUUCUCUACACGUAAUCUUUUACUUCAGGUCCGGUUCAGUUGGGUUCGAUCGGAUUAGACCGGUCCUUAAUGAAGUUCUUACUUUGUACCCUAACGUAAUUGGGCGGUUAGUCAAGGAAGAUGAUGGUAGUUGGAUAGUGAGAUGUACUGAUGCUGGACUGCGGGUGCACCGUGCUACGGUGGGGACUAGUGUUGAUGAAUGGCUGAGAUUUGCUUCUGCUGAUGAUGAGAGAGAUCUGAUGGUUAAGCAGGAGUUUCCUCAUGAUCCUCAGUAUUGGUCUCCUUUUCGUAUGCAGGUAACUGAAUUUGAAGGUGGUGGAACAGCCAUAUCAUUGAGCUGCCCUCAUAUGCUUGCUGAUCCUAUCAGUUUGACCCUAUUCAUCAAGUCAUGGACUGAAGCUUGCCACAAUGAUGUUAUCGUCCACCCUCCAUUCCUCCAUCCUCAAGCUAUCAAUAUUCCGCUUACCUUCACUACUCCGUUCCCUACUAGUACUUCACCCUCUUUCUAUGCUUCCAAGUCCAGAGCAUCGAAUUCUAACCCCAAACUAAAAUUUGUCUCAACAACCUUUAGCUUCUCCAAUUCUAUUAUCAAGCAAUCUCUUUCCAAAAUCUGCUCUACCGUCCCUGACUUGACCCCAUUUGAUCUGUUAACCGCCCUUUUCUGGAUGCGCAUUGCAGAACUCAAGUCUAAAACUGAUGAUAACCUUAAACAGUCAAUCUCAAUCUGUAUGGACAUGAGGAAGCAUUUGCAUGCUCCUUUGCCUUAUGGAUACUUUGGCAAUGCCCUGCACUUCUCUCAGCUGACAAUGAAUUCUGACAAGAUGGGCAGUGGAGAUCUAGGUCAGGUGGCGGAGCUUGUGAACCGCCAUGUUACAGGGCUCAAAGAGGAGGAGUUUUGGUCUGCUGUAGAUUGGUUGAAUUCCAGGAAGGAUGAUCAAGGCAAGUUUCUGCCUCCAUUCAAGAUGUAUGGUCCUGAGUUGACUUUUGUUAACAUGGAAAGCAUGAUCGCUCCCAUUAGGACCCGUGUGAAUGAAUUUGAGCCAUUGAUGUAUAGAGCUGAAUUUGUCAAGGAUCAGAAGCCUGCACAUGUGUCAUAUCAUAUCGAGAACACGGAAGGUGAAGGCUUAAUUUUGGUAAUGCCUUCCCCUGAAGAAGGGUUAGCAAGAAGAGUGACUGUGACACUGCCGGAGGAAGAAAUGGGAAAGCUGUUGCAAGAUAAAGUCAUCCUAAGCUUAGACCCAACUAUGCUACUCAGUGGGAGAAGCUAAAAUCACAUCCUGCAUUAUUCUUAAUAUAAAUUUAGUUGAUAUGCCAAAACGAAUUUCAUUAUUUGAUCUACUUGUUAGUGUUAUAUGUUUCCAAUCAGGUUUUAAGAAAAACUCACUAAAAUGUAAAAACUAAAAGGCUUUAAGGCUCCGUUUUGUAUGGCGUAAAACGUUUUCACUGUAAAA